AUGAUAUGUGAACAAACUCCAAUUACCCCUACAUUUAAUGAGCCCAAUCCCGACAUACCCGCUUCUUUUGAAUUUCAAACAACUCCGAUAACUAAACCUACGACCUCCCAACGAAAUUUAUCUGAAAUUGCACCACCUAGCCCAGAAGAUACACCAGAUAUUACUAAUUCCUCAGAACCAAAAUCUCACUUUCCAACACCUGUUCCAAAAGUUCCAAAAAAAGUUGAAAUUGAAAGAUAA